CCUCUCACUCCUCCCUCUAGUGUACCUACACACACUUCAGAUCCUUUCUCACACAAGGCUGAGCUUGAGAGUGAAAAAUGUUUUGUAAAUCAUUUAAUAACAUGCAACGUAAUAUCAAUAUGGCAUUGAUUCAAAUCAGGAAUUUGCAUCUAGGACUUUGCACCAUUGUGUUUCUUCUAACUUGUGGAGAUUGUACCAAGCCAUAUGAGAAAAAUAUUCUACACCAGAUUAACAGAACUGCUUCUAAGGGGGAAACUGUUGUUUUUCACUGCAAUGGAACUCUGACUAGUGAACUUAAAGAUAUUGGUUGGCGUAAAGAUGGGAAUGGUAUUUUUAUCCAGAGCUCAGUUAUAAACCAAACUGUGUUCAACUACACAUCGAGCAGGAUGCAGGUUAAUCCCCGAAAUCCAAGAGAACUGCAGAUAUCUGAUGUACAGCUUUCAGAUAAAGGAUUAUACUUAUGUUUUCCAUUAGACAUGCAGUGGAUAUUGACCAUAGAAGACAAGGAACUACAGCAAAAAACAACAAAACAACUGUACAUAGUUACAGUACCCUCAGUUACAGGAGCUGCUGCAAUAUGUGUCAUUAUCUUCUGUGCUGUGUGUAUUCAUAGGAAAUAUAAGAAGAAAGAGGCAUCUGAUCAGACAGACACAAUGGAUAACCAUCAACCACAUGGAGGAAGAAUGAACCGCAAUCAGAGCAGUCAGUAUUUUGAGAGAUUUAAUUCAGUUUAUGGAGAAAUUCAGAUCUGAAGAUUUCUCAAGAAUACUAAAGGGCACAGAAUGUCAACCAGUUUUGGGUCUGCGAGUGUGGAUAUUUAGCUGGUGUCACUUGAAAACACACUGUAUGCCCAGAAAUUGAAACUGAUUAUAUAUGUGAUGCGCUUCUGUGAAAAUCAGACCGAUUGCACAGUACCCAGUACACCUUGUGUAGUUCUUAUGAACAAGCUAUUAACUGCACAGUCAAUUUUCUGAACUAUCUAUUACAGAUACGAGUAUUUGGACACCUGACCAUCACAGCCAUACAUUUAUGGCAUUUGGCAGACACCAUUAACCAGAGUGACUUACAGAAGUGCUUUGAAGUCUCCAUCAAUAAAUACACCCUGAUACUAGUUCACUAAUCACAGACUAAAAAUACUAUCAGUCUAAGAACUCUGUUAGGGAGGUAAUGUAGUAGGAAAGCACACAGACAACACAAUUUGUUUAUUCAGUUAUUUUUAUUAAACUGCUAAUUUAAGUACUCCAGGAAGUGGUAGGUCUUUAGACGUCGUUUGAAGACUGCUAGUGACCCAGUCUUUUGGACAACUAGGGGAAAUUCAUUCUAGAACCUAGAUGCUUUGAGGUAAGUGGGUGCUGGUUCAUUUUUGACUUUGAAGGCAAGCAUCAGUGUUUACAUCUGAUGCGGGCAGCUACAGGAAGCCAGUGGAGGGAACGUAGCAAUGGGGUGGUGUGGGAGAACUUAGGAAGGCUGAAAACAAGUCAUGCAGCUGCAUUUUGGAUCAGUUGCAGAGGUUGAAUGGUACUCAGAGGCAGACCUGCCAAAAGCAAGUUGCAGUAAUCCUGUCUCAAACUGAACAAGCACCUGAAUGGCCUGUGUGGAUAGAAAUGGAUGAAUGCUUCUGAUCUUAUAAAGGAGAAAUUGACAUGAGCAUGUCAGAUUAGCACUGUGAGAAGAAAAGGACAGUUGAUUGUCCAUGGUUACCACAAGCUUGCAUUCAGUGACCGAAGGUGAGGUCAGAGUUUAAGUUUCAUUAAGUUUCAGCUGAUGAGCUGCCAUCCAUGAUGAGGUGUCUGUAAGACAUGCUGAGAUCUGAGCAGAAACAUGAGUGUCUGAGGGAGGGAAGGAGAGGAUGAGUUGAGUAUCAUCCGCAUAGCAGUAGUCUGAAAGAUCCAUAUGUGCUUGUUCAAUUUUCCAAUCCAAAUCCACUCUUUUCACUAAAUUUUGGAGCAUGGCUGUAGGGAUUUACCCAUUUAACAACAAGAAUAUUAGUCAUGCACUGAUGUCAAGCGAGAAGAUCUAGCAUGCAGUCGGCAUUCCAUUUCAUCCAAAAGGUGUUCAGUGUGGUUGAGGUCAGGGCUCUGUGCAGGCCUCUUGAGUUCUUUCACUCGAGCCUUGGAAAACUAUAUCUUCAUAGAGCUCGCUGUGUACUAGGGCAGUGUCAUGCUGGCACCGGUUUUGGGCCCCUUAGUUCCAGUAAGGGGAAACUUAAUCCUACACCAUAGAUAUUCUACACAAUUGUGUGCUUCCAACUUUGUAGCAACAGCUUCGGGAAAGCCCAAGUAUGGUGUGAUGGUCAGGUGUCCACGUGCUUUUGGCCAUAUACAGUAUGAAAAUGGACAGGAACACCAGAUUGUGACUUAUUUCAUUCUUUGAAAACAUUAAGAAUAUUACUGGUCAGGAUUCUAUUCAAAUAAAUUAUUUUUAACAUUUAAUAAAUUAUUUAUUAAACCAUAAAUUUGAACAAAUCCUAAUGGCUGAUUUCUGUUCUGGAAAAAACAAGUAUCUUUCUUUCACCAAACAAGUUUUCCCAGCGAGGGGGAGGGUCGGUAUCAGGUUGGAGGCCCCUGUAAUAUUUUCCAGUUUCAAAUGCUUAUUCCUAGAUGGUUAAUGUAACACACAUACAGCACAGCUGAUUAAAGUAUAUACCUGUUAAAAACAUUAUUAUAAUGCAACUACUGUGAAAAUGUUAUUCAAGUCAGAUAAUGCUAUUUUGCACAGUAAUUUUGCCAUAUAGAUGCAUUCAUUGAAAUAAAAUAUCUAACCACCCCAAAUGUCAAAUAAAUGUGCUUCUUAGUUACUGUGUAAGCACAUGGAUAUAGAGGUGACAGCCAAUACUGUAGGAGGAUAGGAUAGGUCUGAUUUUAUAAGGAUAAAAUUCCAGGUCAUACACAAUACAAGUUCAGUGAUACACAAUCCAAAGGGCAAGAGUUGGCACACAGAAUAUCAGAGGUAAAUAGAAACAAAGGAAAACCCAAGUCAGGAAAACCAGAACAGCGAUGAAGGGUCCUACAAUCCCUGGCAAAAAUGAUGGAAUUCACCCGUGUUUUUUACUUCGUAGCAAAUAAACAAAUCACAGAUAUGUCACAAAACAUUUUUUGUUUAAUAGCCGAACAUGGAGUUGUGAAACAUACCUCAAACAAGUUAAAUGAAAUUUUCUCCCAGAUCAAAUCCAGGAAAAAAUUAUGGAAUCGCUCAAUGUUUAGGGAAAAAACUAUGGAAGCACCUUGUAAUUUGCAUUUCUAAAGCAAAUACCAGCACAAGUCUUAAAAUGCAAAUUAGUCUGCAGUUAAAAGAGAGUGCUUGCCAACCUUAAUCUUGGACCUUCUGAAACAAAAACAUGGUCCUAACAAGAGAGUAAGAGA